AACUAUUAUUUUUCAGAUCCGGAAAAAUAGGAAUAUCAACAGUGAUAAUUCUGAUUUGGAGUUAAAUCAUUAAAAUUAUUCAAAUGAACAAUCCAAUCAGUAGUCGGAGAACGGACGUGGGAAAGAGAAAGUUAUACCCAUGCGAUUUCUGCGACAAAUCCUUCUAUCAAAGAGGUGAUUUGACAAAGCACCAGUGGACGCAUAUAGGCAAGAAACCGUAUCCGUGUGACGUGUGCGACAAAUCAUUCAACGAUAACAGCCAUCUAACAAUACACCGGAGGACGCACACAGGUGAGAAACCGUAUCCAUGUGACGUGUGCGACAAAUCGUUCAGCGAUAACAGCCGUCUAAAAGUACACCGGAGGACGCACACAGGUGAGAAACCGUAUCCGUGUGACGUGUGUGACAAAUCAUUCAUCGAUAACAGCUGUCUAACGGAGCACCGGAGGACGCACACAGGUGAGAAACCGUAUCCGUGUGACGUGUGCGACAAAUCGUUCAGUGUAAGCAGUAGUUUAACAACGCACUACCGGAAGCACACAGGUGAAAAACCGUACUCUUGUGACGUGUGUGACAAAUCGUUCAGUGAAAGCGGUAGUUUAACAAAGCAUUAUCGGAUGCAUACAGGUGAGAAACCGUACCCCUGUGAUGUGUGUGAUAAAUCGUUCAGUGAAAGGAAUAGCUUAAUAAAGCAUCAUCGGAUGCAUACAGGUGAGAAACCGUUUCCAUGUGACGUGUGCGACAAAUCAUUCAACAAUAACAGCCAUCUAACAGUACACCGGAGGACGCACACAGGUGAGAAACCGUAUCCGUGUGACGUGUGUGACAAAUCAUUCACCGAUAACAGCCGUCUAACGGAGCACCGGAGGACGCACACAGGUGAGAAGCCGUACCCCUGUGAUGUGUGCGACAAAUCGUUCAGCGUAAGCAGUAGUUUAAAAAAGCAUCAUUGGACGCACACAGGUGAGAAGCCGUACCCCUGUGAUGUGUGCGACAAAUCGUUCAGCGUAAGCAGUAGUUUAACAAAGCAUCAUCGGACGCACACAGGUGAGAAGCCGUACCCCUGUGAUGUGUGCGACAAAUCGUUCAGCGUAAGCAGUAGUUUAACAAAGCAUCAUCGGACGCACACAGGUGAGAAGCCGUACCCCUGUGAUGUGUGCGACAAAUCGUUCAGUGUAAGCAGUAGUUUAACGAAGCAUCGUCGGAUACAUACAGGCGAAAAACCGUACACAUGUGAUAUGUGUGACAAGUCAUUCAGUCAAAUUUUUAUUUUAACAAAGCACCAGCGGACGCAUACCGACCAGAUUUUAUAGAUACGUAAUCUAAGGACUGAAUGCGUAGAUGAUGUUGGGUCAUCGUAUUCAGUUAUCGUUUGUUUAUUUUGUAUUAGUAGAUUCUCAAUAAUAAAUUGUCUUUUUAAUG